AUGAACUCGGGAGGCGAUGAGGUACGUGUACCACUUAAUACCUGUAACAAAAUCUUCGUCCAACGAGAUUAUUCCAAAGGAUUGAGUGUUCAGUUUGAGACUAAUUUUCCAGCUGCUCUUGAAGGAAAGGUCAGUGAACAAGCUUGGACUCAUACCGUCACUACGCUCAAUAGCUACUACAGUAAAGCUGAAGAGAUUUGUUGCACUACGGUACUGGAAACAUUAACUGGCUGUCUUUCGUGUUAUGUUUCAAGGCUGUUCACAAAAACACAAUAUGAAAAAUCAUUGCUGGAAAUAAGUCGAUUUUUGGCAGACGAAAACAAAAACAUUUACUUGCCGGCAGGUGUGCACUUAUCAGAUCCUAUAGAGCGUGGUCUUCGUGUGGUAAGAAUUGCAUAUUUUUACUUCUCCUAUUCAUUAAGAAUUUCAUAUUAG